AUGGAUUUUACUUACGACGGGCAAUUCCUUGUGACAUCCGGCGAGGACAACAGCGUCUAUGUGUACUCUUGCGAGAAGGCUUCGCGGGUUCGACAUCUACGUUGUGAGAAGUAUGGCAUAGCUUUGAUUCGGUUUCUUCACAAUGACAGGGAUUGUGCUGUAGCGGCUUCAAGAAACGAGGCUGACCAUCUACUUAAGUAUUGGGAUUUCCACGACAACAAGUAUCUUCGCUUGUUCCGGAGCCACACUGGCAAAGUCACCUCAGUCAGCCCGCAUCCUUACGAGGACUUGUUUCUCUCCGGUGCGGAGGACAAAUGCGUGCUGCUCUGGGAUUUGAGACAGGACCGGCCUGUGGCCAAAAUCAACGGGCAGGGCACAACUGUUGCAAGCUUUGACCAGCAAGGCUUGGUCUUUGCAGCUUGUGUGGGACAGCCAAAGCUGCAUCUCUUCGACACGCGUAAUUAUGCCAAAGGAGAAUUCACCUCCUUCGACUUGAGACCGCAUCUUAAAGAUCCAGCUCAUAGUGUACAGUUCAGCCCAUGCGGCAAGUACCUGCUCCUUCGUACCCCGUCCCAGAUGGUGUUGAUUGAUGCCUUUGAUGGGGAGCUUAUCUGCGAAUACCCUGUACAAGAGCAAGGCCCAUCUUUGCCCUGCUUUUCACCCGAUUCGCAGUAUGUCAUUUGUGGCAUGUCCAACGGCGACGUGUGCAUAUGGGGUGCCACAAAUGCACGACUUGUGCACAAGCUGGAGGGCCACACAGCCCUGUUUCCCGCCUGCAGUAAAGCCUUGCGAACUUUGCACCCAGCUACUAGCGUAAGCCUUACCACUGCGCUACUAGGAACAAAGGGCAUCGCUGCUAGGAGCAAGGACGCUACGGAGCGAUGCCCUUUGUUACACGAAAGCCAGCUGAUAGGCAAGAGUUGUUUAGCGAACGAAGUGAGGAGUGGGCGGGAGGGGGUGGCGGAGAGUGUGAAACAGUCUGGAUUUUGCGGUUUUUGUGAUGUCGAUGAUGCGCAACCUUGA